AUGUAUAUCUUAGUAUUUUUUACUCUUACAAUUAGUAUAAUCGGACAAGCGACAAAGCCUGAUUUAUUCGAAGAUGAAAAAAUUGUUGGCGGCAAUGUUGUGACUAUCCAGCAAUACCCAUAUCAAAUAAGUAUUCUGGUUGAUAAUUAUCUCUGGUGUGGUGGUAGUAUUCUAUCAAAGUACAGUGUCCUUACCGCAGCUCACUGUAUCCUUACACGAUCGAACGAACUAAUCGUCCAUGCCGGUAGUUCAUUCUGGAUGAGUGGCGGCAGUUAUCAUCGCGUGAAGACUUCCUUCGUCUAUGGAAAUGAACUGAGCACCGAUUUGUCCGUACUUCGUAUCAAGGAGCCUUUUGUCUUCAACUCAUUUUGCCAACCAAUUAAAAUAGCAGCUCAAGGUAAAAGACCAACAGCGAGCACAAUGGCGACUGUAAGUGGUUGGGGUAACACUAAUUACAUUGGCAUUUCAAAUCAAUUACGUGCGGUGCAAGUGCCAAUUGUCAACCAAUAUGUCUGCAAUAAAAUCUAUAGAUUGAAGAACGUCACUGAGAUCUUCGAUAGUCAGAUAUGCGCGGGUUACUUAAAAACUGGUGGCAAGGACGCCUGCCAGGGUGACUCUGGUGGCCCCCUCGUCAUCGAUGGUGUACAAUACGGGAUCGUAUCAAUGGGAUUGGGGUGCGCUGAACCUUAUGCACCUGGUGUAUAUACUGACGUGUCGUACUUCAGCGAUUGGAUUUACGAGAGGAGUGAGAGUAUAAUCCAACUCACUUUCGACUCUCUUUUGCCCUUUCAAGAUUGGUAA